GAGUCCCAGGGCGGUGCGGGCGCCGGCCGUCUUCUUUGGACUACAGUUCCCAGAAGUCCUCUGGAGAAGUGCUUCCCUCUCUCGUUUCCAGGACCACAAUUCCCGGAGACUACAGCUUCCCGACGGUUGUCUUUUUACUUGAUCUUUUCUUGAGCUGGCUGGGCUUCAGCCGGCCAGCAGGCGCACAGUGACAAUGUGAUCCCUCGUGACCGGGCACAGGGUUUCCUCUGCGGCCCGUUUUCCUCCUUACUCAGUUAUCCCCUUUGCAGGCCGUCGCGGCUGGCCUGAGCGGUGACCUGGCGGGCCGCGCCUGCGCUCUGCCCAUUUCCUGCCUGGCUGGUGGCGGCGGCCAUUUUGUUCAUCCUCCUCCUCCUCCUGCUCCUCCUGGUUGGAGCGCAGUGUCCGGAGUGGGCUGGGGGGAGAGACCCCGAGUGCAGGGUUCGGUGCCUUUUCCUCUGCCCCCAGCUGGUGCCCGGAGCCCCCUCCCCUUCCUCCCCGCCCCCUCCCCUCCCCAGCCCUGCCCUCCCCCUUGUCCCGGGAUCGCUCCGUCGCACCCACCAUGAUGGAAGACGACGGGCAGCCCCGGACUCUAUACGUAGGUAACCUCUCCAGAGAUGUGACGGAAGUCCUUAUACUUCAAUUAUUCAGUCAGAUUGGACCCUGUAAAAGCUGUAAAAUGAUAACAGAGCAUACAAGCAAUGACCCAUAUUGCUUUGUGGAAUUUUAUGAACACAGAGAUGCAGCUGCUGCAUUAGCUGCUAUGAAUGGGAGAAAAAUUUUGGGAAAGGAGGUCAAAGUAAACUGGGCCACAACACCAAGUAGCCAGAAAAAAGAUACUUCUAAUCACUUCCAUGUGUUUGUCGGGGAUUUGAGUCCAGAAAUUACAACAGAAGAUAUCAAAUCAGCAUUUGCCCCCUUCGGUAAAAUAUCAAUUGCUCAUAAGAAUGGACAGGAUCUUGAAGGCUAACUGCAAGGAACUGUGCACACUGGAACUCAGUUGUAGAUUUUUUUCUCAUUUCUAUUUAUUCUUAUUAUACAUUAUUUAUAUAUACAUAUUUUAGUAUUUACAUUUUAACAUUCUAUAUUCAGUGGAGUUCUAUAUUUCCAAUCAUUUUAACUUACUCACUAAAAUUUCUGUGUAAAUUUGUUGUUUUCGUACUGGUGUGCUUAGCAUUGUUGUUAGUUUUUUAUUCUCCUUUCUUAAAUUUCUGAAAAUGUCAAUUUUUCAAAAUUUACAGCUGCCCAAACUCCAAAAUGAUGAUAGAGAAUUGACCAAGAAAAAUAAAGAAAUCUGUUAACAGGCCAUGGAUGCCCGAGUAGUUAAAGACAUGGCAACUGGAAAAUCCAAAGGCUAUGGUUUUGUAUCUUUUUAUAACAAACUGGAUGCAGAAAAUGCAAUUGUGCAUAUGGGAGGCCAGUGGUUGGGUGGCCGUCAGAUCAGAACCAACUGGGCCACACGUAAACCACCUGCACCUAAAAGCACACAAGAAAAUAACACUAAGCAGUUGAGAUUUGAAGACGUAGUAAACCAGUCAAGUCCAAAAAAUUGUACUGUGUACUGUGGAGGAAUUGCUUCUGGGUUAACAGAUCAGCUUAUGAGACAGACAUUCUCACCAUUUGGACAAAUCAUGGAAAUAAGAGUUUUUCCAGAGAAGGGCUAUUCAUUUGUCAGAUUUUCAACCCACGAAAGUGCAGCCCAUGCCAUUGUUUCGGUGAAUGGUACUACGAUUGAAGGACAUGUUGUUAAAUGCUAUUGGGGUAAAGAAUCUCCUGAUAUGACUAAAAAUUUCCAACAGGUCGACUAUAGUCAGUGGGGCCAGUGGAGCCAAGUCUAUGGAAACCCACAGCAGUAUGGACAGUAUAUGGCAAAUGGAUGGCAAGUACCGCCUUACGGAGUAUACGGGCAACCAUGGAACCAACAAGGAUUUGGAGUAGAUCAAUCACCUUCUGCUGCUUGGAUGGGUGGAUUUGGUGCUCAGCCUCCCCAAGGACAAGCUCCUCCCCCUGUAAUACCUCCUCCUAACCAAGCUGGAUAUGGUAUGGCAAGUUACCAAACACAGUGAGCUGGGACUCGAAACAAUUGUAAUUCAUGAAUGCUUCAGUUUCCUGUGACAUUCUGAAGACAUGGAAGUAGACAUCGGAAAAUGAAAAUAUUUAUUUUAAAAAUUGAAAUGUUUGGAACCUUUAGCACAGCUUUGCUUUGGUGAAGGACACAUGUCUUCUAGUUCUGCCUUUUUAAGUUUUUGUUCAUGAUGGAUAUGAACAUGAUUUUUCUUUGUGUACAAAAACUAAAAUAAAGUCAAUAAAGACAAUUCUGACUACCAAUUUUGAUAUAAUAGGAGAAAUGGGUAAUACAUUUUGAUUCUUAGAUACUAUUCCAUUUUUAUCUUGCUGUUCAGUAUUUUAACUCACUGUGUUUUUAAAAGAGCAAAAAAAGGGAGGAUCGUGAAAAACUGGGAAUCACAUAUAAGUUCAUCCUGAACCUUGAUACUCCCCUCCCCUCCCCCUGAGGUGGACCACAUUUGAAGUCAGCAGAAAAAAGUGUGAUUCUGAGAAGAAAUGCAUGGUUUUGGAGUCGCUUUGGAGGAAGUAUUUACUCUAUGCCUAAAGAAACUGACGCCAGACUGAUAAAGAAAUUUUGCGACCUAAAUAAGGAACAGCAUUGUCUGAGUUACCUGAGCAAAUGGUGGUGGUCCACAUUAAGACAUAUUUUUAAAACUUUCAAAAGUGUUAUUAAAACUGUAGUAAAUUACAUUUCAUUUUAGGGGGCAAAUGCCAAGUAUGGUGUUUGUAUUCAAGUCAGACAGUCAUACUUGUGCUUUUACAUGAAGUUUAAAUGAUACACAUUGUAAAUAUUAAGUAACUACAGUGUUUCAAAAGCAUGCUUCAUCAUAGAAGUAGCAACAGUGUAAUUAUUUGAAGUAACACUUAACACCACUGCAUUGAAUGCAAUGGACUGAUAAUAUUUAAGACUGACAUUUCCGGGUUGGCUACUAUGUAAAAGUAAAACCACACAAAUUACUAUACAGAAGAAGCCUUAAUUUUAAUUUCAUACAAAUCUUUGAUGCAUUAGUACAUUUUAAAAUGUCAUUGGAAAUUAGAUUUUUUUUCCCUUUGUUUUCCUUUAUAUCACUUGGUAUGUAAAAUACCUUGAUCAAAACCUUGUAAGCCUAUUUCAAGGUUCCUAUAAGUUGUAUAGUACAAGUGUUUUUUUUAAAUCUUGAGGUGUUUUUAAAAAUCAAAUAUAUUUUGCCCAAGAAUUUUUUUAACAAGAUUGCUAAAACAUCUUAUUUAAGACAGUUCAAUCUACCAAUUUAUAAUUGGAUAUUCAGCUUAAAUAGCACAUGGAGUUGUGACUUUUAUUGUUCAUUUGUCUUGUGUGGGUAUUGUGCAUGGGAUGACAAGCCUGAACAGAGGCUGAGUUGUAUGAGUGCAGACUAAAUGAAUCAAUUGGGUAGAUGUAUCAAAUGAAGUUUACUUCUGAAGUAUUUUUCAGCCUAUGUGGAUAAAAUCUGUCUCAAAUUUUUAUCAUAACAGGUAUGCAGAAGAGAUCAAAUUCUAUGUAUUUUAAUUCUGACAGCUAGGGGGUGCAAAUGUUCAGGCAGUGUAUUUAAAAUGUCUUGAGGCCUGGGCACCAAGAUGAGAGCACCCUUUAUAGUUAAGUAGUAAGUUACAACUAACACCCAACAGAUGACUAUUUUUUACACUUUUGAAGUCUUACAAUUAGCUUUGAAAUAAUGAUGGUUUUAUAAAUUGAUGACCACAAUACUUUUGGUAUUAUUUUCCUUCUUCCCCUGUUUAGAAAUACAGCCAAAUGUUACCAAACCUGAAGAUUCACAGGGUCUGAAGUUCUUCAUCUUUGGGCCAAAUUUUUAUGGCACUUUAGUUUUAACCACAGGACUUGUCUAUUAUAAAAUUUACCCUUAUUUCUUUUGUUCAUGGUUAGUGUCUUUGGGGAUAUUACGAAAAAGUUACUUUAUAUUUUAUAAGGAGAACACUCAAAUUAUUAUCAGUUAUGCCUCCUAGUUAAACAUUUCUUGAAUAUAUGUGAAACUUGAACAACUAAAGACUUUUUUUAAUAUAUUGAUAAAAGCCUAUUAAAUUCUCAGUUUGCCUUUUUUUGGUCCGCCAGUAAAUUAAGUAGCUUAUUGCGAUAACAGCUAAAUAAAGCUGCAGUGUUUCCUAGUUGUAUAUUCUAUGACUUAAUAAAAUCGUCAGGACUGGUUCUAUUGCCAUAGUAAACAUGACUGAAGUGUCCUUCGUCUUAAUCUGAAAGAACAGGAUUUCAUGAUCAGGUCAGUUACUGGAAGUUAUUUCGUAUAAAAUGGUUUUUUAAAUAUAAAAGCUACUUAUCCAAAUGAAAUGCACCGUGUUAGAAGACAACUGUCAAGCUAACACAGACUCGAAAUUAUUUUAUAGCCAAGUGAAGUCAGUGCUAUCUUGAUCAAUUUCAGCCUAAGAAUUGUUGCCUUUUCCAUGUUCAUUACAAACAGCAGAGAUUCUUCGAUGUGCAACAAAUGUUCUUAUUUCAUAAUUAUUUUGAGAUUUAUUUUGGUGAUGUGUUUUUUGACUGCCAUCUUCUUUGCCCUAAUAAUCUGGUAUUUCCUCCCCCCCCCCACCACCAUGCCAUUCCCACUGGAUUUUUAUGUCUACUGGCAGUGAGAGGCUAAAAUGACUGGCCAACGUAAGCCAAAGCUGUAAACCACAGUUGAAGUAAGUCUUUCAAUAAAGACUAGACUAUGAGAAGUGGCCUUUA